AUGGAUAGUGACGACGAAAUUUUCCUAACGCAAAAUACUUUCUCUCAGGAGCCUUUAAGGGGACUCAACUUAAACCUUCUCAAUCACCCUCACUUUAGAGAAGUAAGCGAACGAGAUAGUGUUGAAGUCGAAAAGAAAGAAAAUCCUGGGCGUAAUAUCAUUGUUGUUUGUGAUAACGAAGUCGAGAAGAGAAGAGAGUCCAGAAUACCGGCAAACACGAAAGUUAAUACUUCAUGGGCGGUACGUUGCUGGGAGGAUUGGGCCGUCGAACGCAAUGUAAAAGUUAGAAAGAAUAGCUGCAAAGAGAAAUACUACGAAGUCAAUCCUGACAUUAAGAAAGUCCCUAAUGAGCAGCUUGACUACUGGCUUGGGACGUUUGUUUUGGAAAUUCGGAAGAAGAAAGAACCUGGAAGCGUGUAUCCUCCUAAUACCCUGUACCAGAUGUGUUGUGGUUUACAGCGGUUAGUUGCGGAAUAA